AUGAACGCUAUUCAGAUACCUUCUCCGGUCCAGUUAGGACACACGAACAUUGACGGCGAGGAAACACCUUCUUCGGUAGAUAUUUAUUCGUGGCCCGACAAUAUUCAAGAAUUGGACGUAACAGGGUGGCUCUCCUGUGUUGGAAGACGCCAUUUGUCAUUUUUCCGCCCAUCAUCUCCCGCACUCCCUCUGUCCAAUACCAACCCCAUUCCGGUUCCUUUAGGAGGACAAGAUGUUCCCAUGAAACCAGUACCUUCUCACCAACCAAUCUGUCGCCGUCCAGCAAGAGGGCGCUCCAGGAGCUUGACUGCAGAGAGAACCAAUGCUCAGGCCACAGAAGGUAUUCAUAGGCAUCGAUCCGUCUCCCCCUGGACAGUGGAACUUACCGACGUGCGGAAAAUAUCUCACACGAAUCGUAAACGUGAGAUUCAAGAAGUGCUUGGUCCAUUAUUUGCAGGUGGUACAAACAAUCUAGUCUUGCUCUGCUGGGGAGACAGGGACCGCUGCCAUAUCAUCCCAACAGAUGUUCGUAAUGAAGCGGACGAAGUGAAUGUCUGGGAAAGCAUCAAAACAGCAUGGUACUCACGCAGAGAUUACGAAUUCGCAAUUCCUGGAGCAAAAACCAAAGCCCAUUUUGUUGGCUUAUAUCGAGACCUGACAAGCGAGAGGAGUAAACUUGAGGGUGAUAUUGCGAACUACGAAGAAAAAGAGUUCCCAUGCCCAUAUGAUUCGUCUACAGGGAUGGUGGACUGCUUCAGAGACAUUUGUAUAUCGUACAUGGAUGAUACGCAGUUGUGUCCUGAAAGGCGUCUCUAUAACUCUCAACGUCAGCUACUACGCCUUACCAGGCGACCGUUGCUAACCCAGGCCUUCUCGAAUCGGAACGUUGCGAAAGUAAACAACCUUCUCCAAGGAGAGAGGCUGAUAUAUAGUCAGCUGGAUAUUCUAAAGAAACUUGAUGAGUGGCAUGUUCCGGACCUCAGCGAGAUUCCAUUCCACGCCCUGCUGAUUACUGAAGGCUGGGACUACGAUAUACGGAACGUCGUUAUACCUCUAACCGCGUCAUUCUUCUUCACUCUGGUCGUUAUGCGAAUAAGUGAAUAUCAAGCUGUACUGGGAUACGCAUGA